AUGCCGAAUAUCAAACAGAUCAUGUGCUCGCUUUUCAACGCCAACGAUAUGGAAGCAAAUGAUACAGAUACAACAGACAUUUGGCCCCGCCGCGAUCUGAUCCAAACAUCACCUGAUCGGCACACAUACCCACCAUCAGCUGAGCAUCACAACAUCCAUAACACACUUGCUCUAAAUCUCCAGCUGAAAACCAAUUACCCAGAACCAGCCAACAAUGGCCGGUGCCAGGGACUUGCUCAGCUGGCAAAGAGGGUGGAAGCGCUCGGGAGGAAGAGGCUCACCGUGACGGCCAAGGAAGACCAAGGAUGCUGCACCUCUGCACCGGCCAAGGGCCACUGCGUCAUGUACACGGCCGACGGGAGGCGCUUCGAGGUCCCGCUGCUGUACCUCGGCACGACGGUCAUUGGCGAGCUCCUGAGGAUGUCUCGGGAGGAGUUUGGCUUCGCGAGCCAUGGCGAGAUCACGCUGCCCUGUGACGCCACGGUGAUGGAGUACGUCAUGUGCUUGCUGAGGAGGAAUGCCUCUGCCGAGGUCGAGAAGGCGGUGCCUAGCUCUAUGGUGACGCCUUGCCAUUACACAGGCUGUGUGAUGAUGCCUACCGUUGGAGCCAGCAAACAGAUUUGCUGUUUGUAGCUGCUGAAGAACAGCAGGCGUAGACGCUGAUGAUGUCUUCUGUCUUGAGCAGUUUGCCUGGAUAGUGUAAGAGAGUUAGAUAACACACAAUAGGAGAAGGAAAAUUGUAUGUAGAGCAAUGUGAUCAUCAAAGCAACAACCAGCAGGAAUGUGGUCAACCAGCACUUGCAGCAAUUCUUCUCUAUUUUUAAAUGUCAAUGGUUUCAUA